AAAUUCAUGGGGUCGUAAGUAGGAGGUAGCAUUUUUUCACAACUUCGUAAAAUGGCGGACGGCGAUGUCGAUAUAGAUUUGUACGCCGAUGAUAUAGAAUCCGAUUUUAAUCGCCAGGAUGAAUUUGCUGGCGAAAAUGUGGAUUUAUAUGACGACGUGAUCUCAGCACCAGCUUCGAAGCCCGAGGACGGUGACGGUCCUCCCAUCAUUGCUCCAAACCAGCAUCCACCUGAGGAAACUAACGGCAACGCCUCAUACCACGGCCCGGUUCACGGACAUCAUGGCCGCCGUUUUCAACUUUACGUCGGCAACCUAACAUGGUGGGCAACGGACCAAGAUAUUGCGAACGCGAUCUCGGAUGUCGGUGUCUCCGAUUUUCAAGAUGUGAAGUUCUUUGAGAACAGAGCCAAUGGUCAGUCCAAAGGAUUCUGCGUUAUAUCUCUCGGUUCAGAUCAAUCAGUCAGGAUGGUGAUGGAACGUCUUUCUAAGAAGGAGAUACACGGGCAACAUCCAGUAGUUACAUUGCCUACUAAACAGGCGUUGAAUCAGUUUGAAAGUCAGUCAAAGACCAGGUCGACGCCUCCUGGUCCCAAUAAUCCUGGAAUGAGAGGACCCCAUCCAGGCGGGCCGCCUGGUCCUCAUCCCGGAGAAUUUUUUGGUGGGGGACCGAACGGUCCAGGUGGGGGCGGACCUCGUAUGAUGCUCCCAGGUCCGGGUCCGCACCAGCUUCGUGGACCGCCGCCGCACCACAUGGGCCCACACCAGGGCGGGCCGCAUCCCAUGCAACAUCAGCCGCAGCCGCACCAGGCCCCGCCACACCGGCCCCCUAUGCAGUUUGCGGGCCCCCCGCAGAUGCAACGCGCGCCGGGCCCGCGUCCGCCGCCCCCCGACUGGGCUGCGCGAGCGCCGCAUCCUAUGUCUCAGCCCGCGCCUCAUUAUGGACCCCCCCAUCACGGAAUGCCGCAUCAGAUGCCACCACCUCAUCCUCAACCCGGCGCACAGGGCAUGCCGCCUCCGCACCAGUUGCCGCCGCACCAGCCGCCGCGGGGACCGGCGCCCAUGCCGCAGCAUCCUGUAAUACCUGGAGCUCCAGCACCACACGUGAAUCCUGCGUUCUUCAACCAGCAGCCACCGUCGCAGCCGCCGCCAAUGCAGGCCCCGCAACCUGGACCACCCGGUCCAGGUGCUCCGUACGGUCAUCCAGCCCAUGGAGCACCACCUCCAGCACAAGGGCCUCCACCCGGGUCUAGACAACCGUACGGUCGGCCACCACAGAGUUAUCCUCCUCAAGCGGAUCCGGCUCGUCCCCCGCACCACCCGGCACCCAUGGUCCCACAGCACGCGGCCUCCCUGGCGCCCCCCAUGCCGGUCAUCAGCGAGGCCGAGUUCGAAGAAGUGAUGAGCAGGAACCGCACCGUCUCCUCCAGUGCCAUUGCUCGGGCUGUCAGUGACGCUGCCGCUGGCGAGUACGCCUCCGCCAUCGAGACGCUCGUUACCGCCAUAUCACUCAUUAAACAGAGCAAGGUGGCACAAGACGACCGCUGCAAGAUUCUGAUCUCGUCGCUGCAGGACACGCUGCACGGCGUCGAGACGAAGUCUUACAGCAGCGGCGAGCGGUCCCGCCGCUCCCGCUCCCGCGAGCGCGAGCCGCGACACCACCGCGCCCCGCGCCGCCGCGACCGCUCCUCCAGUCGCUACCGGGACCGCAGCCGCGACCGAGAGGAUAGGGACAGGUACAGGGAACGGUCGAGAGAUCGCGACCGCGAACGUGAACGUGACGCGUAUUACAGGGAUUACCGUGAGAGGGAGCGCGAGAGGUCUCGCUCGAGGGAUCGCGAUCGUGCUGAUCAUUACAACAGGGGACACAGUCGUGAGGAGAGGGCACGUAAAUCUCCAGCUGAAGCGACAGCAGAGGGAACCACAGCUGAGGCCGGGUCGAAGAGCCGCAGCACUGGAGCGCCGUACUACGACGAGCGGUACAGGGAGAGACGCGACAGAGACCCGCCGCCCGCGGACCGAGAUCGCGACCGAGACCAUCGCAGGGACGCUAGACACUAGACACUAAAAGAACCAUUGAGUGAACUACUCAAUAUCGCCACAACAGCUGACCAAUUAGGGCAUCCAAGAUUUUUUGCUAUCGGGCCGGCGUCACGUUGAAGUGGAAUUAAAUUGACACUUGACAGUUCUGACAGAUGUUUGCGCGGAAAAGGGAUUUACAAAAAUGGCGCGAAAGUUUCUGAUUCUAAAUUCAAACAAACGAUUGAUUUAAUUUAAAAUAAUUCGUUUGAGCAACGUUCAUGCGAAUCAAAAUUCAUUGACUGCGCGGUUAUAUGUGGUGACACCGACAUCGUUCCGUCAGCCUAGUCUAAUCAAGUGACUUUUUGGUGUAAACUGAUAUAUUGUGUGUUGCGUCCGGAGUGACGACCGCGUGCGUGAACUACUGAUACUGCCACGAAAAUAGCUUCAAAUUGUUGAUCAAAAGAUGGUGGAUCGAGUUGAUCUGCUGCUAGGGCGGUUUAGUGUAAUCGAGAGCCUGAUUCGACAGAUUAGAUAUUCAUUAUUUUCAACUUCAUAUUAAACAUACAUCUCAAAUUGAAAUCGGUCUCAUACAUGAAACAUUAAAUAGUGAUGGUAAAAAUGAUAUCCAUUCACACUGAUGAUGAGAAUAAUGUUAUGUUAAUUUAGAUGACAAAAUAGUUUAUUACAAAUUAGUAAGUAUUAUCCCGGAAUGCCCAUUUGUCUCACAUAUAUCGUUUGUUUUACGAAAAUUGGUUACACUCUUGGUACAAAUCACUGUACUUAUUACAGUCAAGUGUGACUGUAGAAAAUUAACGUAAGACCUAUCCAACCCCGACAAGUCGUUUUUAAACAUCUAAUAAUGUACUGUAUUCAUUCACGCAUGGUAUAUUUAUAAGGUUAAAAAAGGAUGAUAAACUUUAUAUUUAAAACAGAGAAACAUUUUAUCAGAACACGACCAAUAGCAAAUUAUCCAAAAUUAGAAAAGUGCGCUAGUAAUGAAAAUUUUAUUGAAAAUAGAUCAAAAAUAUCCUAGUAUUAUCUUUAAUACUUUUGAUACAAUUGAUAAAGAUUAAAAUAUAAAUAGUUUUUAUUUCAAAUAAACAUUUUACACAAUUAUAUCGAUAAAAGCAGUUUUCAAUCUAAAGCCAUGAAACAUCUGAAAAUUGAAGAUUGUGACUGAUUUUAUAAUUUUUAGUAUCAAUAUCGCUAUCGUUGAUUGUUAAUGGAUUGAAUUAGUCCAACAAGAACAAUAAACCAAAUAUAUUUAAAAUUCAAUUUUGCUGUUUGUCACAACAUUCCAUGGUCUAAAUGUUUGCGAAUUGUUUUAAACUUUCAUUCGUGGUUUUUUUUUGUAUUUUCCUAUUUUGUAGUAGUCUAAACGUAAGUAUUAGGUUAAGUUCAAACAAUUUAUGGAUUGUUCCAUACAAACUAGACGUGACCGUAAAUUAAGAUGUAAUUUACAAUAAAAUAAAUUUAUUUCAAAACAU